AUGCAUUUCAAACUCCUCUCCAUCAUGGCCCUUGCUGGCUUCGCUGCUGCAGCUCCUAGCUCUCCUCAAGCCUUCAAGGACCUCCCCGACGGUCCUUACAAAGGUGUCAACAACGCUGACGGUUCCUCCACGGUGACAAACCUGGAGACUGGGCAGUCUUUCGACUUCAAAGCUCCUGCUCCUGCUCCUGCAAAGCGAUCUAUUGAGAAGCGGUUCACGGAUUGCUGGGGCUAUGAGCUUGACCACAGCGGUGUUGACGAGGCCGUCACCUCGCUGAAGAAUUGGGCUGGUACCGGCCAAGACUGGUCCAGUCAGGGGACCCCGAGCUACUUCGGUUACAACGCCCGAGGAGUCUACGUCUAUUACUGUAUCAAUGCUCCCAACAGCGCCGGCAAUAUCGACGUUCAAGACAUUAACUACGCUCUUGGCCAGAUGGAUGCCGUGUGCAAGCGAUAUGAGGCUAGCUACUUCCGUUGGGAGGGUAGCGUCGAGAUCAUUGGCAAUGCCCGCUCUGGUACUGCCGUCUGCCGAGGCUAA